UCGCCAGGCGUCUGGGUCAGCGUUGUUCUUUCGCGCCAUUUUUCAGCUGAUAGCGUCCCGGCAACUGAGAAAAGGUCAACAAAUUUUCUCCCAAACCGUGCAAAUUCCGGGCGAUCUAAACACAUCCAGGUACAAAUAAGAUCCGGGUUGUACCCCAGAAUUAGUACUUGUUUACGUUUUGUAAUAACAGGCUGCUGAAGGGAGGAUUUUCGCCCCAAAUUUGGAUCAUGUGACCUGAUCUUUUUCUGCUACAUUCACAUCCAGACGUGCAACAGAGAGACUGGUACAUAUUUUUGCAGAGGUUUUAGUUUGCGUCCAGUAGUACUAUGGAGGCUGACCUGAGAAGACUGGCCUCCGCCCUGUCCCUGUCUGCAGACAUCACUGACGAGGCACUGCACAUCCUGGCAGAGGUCGGGAGUAAGGCUCACGGCAAAGGACAGGUGCCCCAGCUGUGUUGUGUGGCCUGCAUCUAUGUAGCUGUCACAAAAUCAAGGUUUCAAGAGACAGAAGAUGACAGUUCCCCAGACAGUGUUAACGUCUUCGCUCCCUGUGUGACACUUCAAGACAUACUGACCAAGGCCAAUGCCAAUAUUGUGAUGUUGUUUCACGCCAUGAAGACAUCACAUUGUAUGGAAGACGCCAGUUCCCAUGUCAGAGAGGCGUACAGUCAGCUACAGCGGAAGUACUGUAUCGUGGCAGCCCUGCACCUCAAGUUUGAAAAGCUGUUUGCUGCUAUCUUUCAAGAGAACCCAAGUCCAUUUUCAUCCAGCACCACAAACACAGUCACCCCCAGGAUGAAACAAAGCUGGCUGAUCUUCCUUCUAGCUAAAGGAAAAGUCCUGCAGGGAAACCCAGAACUGGUGCUGAACUUCCACCUCCUGUUGUGCUGCCUGGCUCACAUCAUCAGGUGGACUCCCAGCUUCUUACUCAGGCCUCCGUAUGCUGACGUGAUCUUAGAACAUCUAGAAGACGGGCUGCCGGAUAAGGAAGACUCUGGGACAGUUCCAGUACUGGUGGGGUCCAUCCUGAAGGUUCUGUGUACAGAGAUGGGCUGUGGCUAUGAUGAUGUGGAGUCGGUGUACCACAGCUGCUGGAUACGCUAUACCCAGACCCUGCCUGUGAAGGAAGGCCUACCGGAGCUGUCCUGGCUGGAGACUGAGUACAGGAGUUUGUACCUGUUGGAGGGAGACAUAGAUGAGACAACAUUUCUUCACCACGACAGACAUCUCAUAUCACCCUCCUCUGAUAGUGAUGAAGCCAGUGGGAUCCCUCAUACCUCACAGACAGACCCUCUCUGUACACCUGUCAGAACUGCCAUGACAACAGUCCAGCAGCUCAAGAACAUCCUGAACUCAGCUCAGGACGAACCUUCUUCUACACUGAAAACUUACUUCAAUAACUGUUCCACAGACCCCACUGAGGGCAUCCUGCAGAGAGUCUCCGCCCUGAAGACAGCCUUCGUUUCCCGCUUCCUACAGGCGACAGGUGAUAACUACAGGGACAUCGCUGAGCAGAGAUGCCACCUGGCCAUCAGGAUGUACUACAGAGUCAUGGAAGCCAUGCUGAAAAUGGAGGAGCAAAGACUGAAUACAUCAGACUUCAGUAACCUGCUGAACAAGGACACGUUCCACCGCUCACUGCUGGCCUGCUCUGUGGAGGUCAUUAUGACAACAUACGGAGUCUGCUGGACCCCCAUGUUGUACACCAUGGCUACCACGGACACCAACACGUCGUUUCCAUGGAUACUGGAUGUGUUUGAGCUGAAGGCGUACGACUUCUUCAAGGUGCUGGAGACCUUCAUCCUCGCAGAGCCCAAACUCACCAAGGAAGUCAUCAAGCAUCUACAACACAUUGAGAACAAGAUUCUGGAAAGGGUUGCCUGGAGAGAGGGUUCACCGCUGUAUGAAGCCAUUUUGACCUCCGAGAUGCCGCGGCCAUCUUUCCAGACCUCACCAGGGUCAAGGGUCACCAAUGGCAGCAUUCCCCACAGUUCCACUGCUUCAGAAAUGUACCUGUCUCCCACGCGGUUCUCGGCAGCCCAACAGUCGCCGUAUCGCUCUCCGAGCAGCGCCUCCUCCAGACUGCACUGCAGAAGUCCAGGUCCGCACAGACGCAAGUCUCAGUCUCUACAACUCUUCUACAACAAGGUGUGUAAGCUAGCCUACAUGCGGCUGCAGUCCCUCUGCAAACUGCUAUGUGUCUCUGCUGAGAUGGAGCAUCGCAUCUGGACAGCACUGGAGUUCUGCCUGCUGCACAGACCAGAGCUCCUGAAAAACAGGCAUCUGGAUCAGAUCGUCAUGUGUUCAGUGUACGCCAUCUGUAAGGUCAGUGGGUGUGACACCAAGUUCAAGUCUAUUGUUGCAGCCUACAAGAACCUCCCCACAGCCUCGCAGACCGUGUAUAAGGAGGCGUGGAUCUCAGGUGAGGAGUAUGAUUCUAUCAUCGGGUUCUACAACAGAGUCUACAUGCAGACACUCAAGAACUACAUCCUCAGGUUCACCUCUCCAGAUGUGAUGCCACAGCUGUCCCCCCUGCCUUGUAAGAGCCCCUCCAGGUUCUCCCAGUCUCCUGUCAUCACUGUGCCAGGCAGGAGUAACUUCUACAUCUCCCCCUUGAGGGAGUCUCCCUUCAGCAGCCCUGUACGCAGGGAACUACUGUCUCCUGGACAGAUGACACCACGAACCCGAGCCCUGUACAGUUUUGGGGAGGGCCUGGGGUCGUCGGAGAAGCUGCGGGCCAUCAACGAGUCGAUGCGGGCUGCGGCAGCGGGCAAGAGAACCUCCCCGGGUCAACCCAGGUCACAGAAGAGACUCAAGUUUGAUGCAGACUCCACAGACACAAAUGGGACCACCACAAAAAGCAGCACAACAAACGGCCAUGGCGUGUCCAACGGGAACUCAAGCGAACACGGGAAUGGCACGACUGCAGACCUCACUAGUGUGACCCGGUCAGCAUGGUCACUCAGCACUGCCAAAUCACCCAUCAAAAUCACCAGACAAUCACCAAAGAAAUAGUGUUGGAACAUCACAAGUUCAAUGUGGCACUCCUUGAUGAAAGACUGACCUAAAACAUUGUAGAACAUGCUGAACUACUUUAAUGUACAUCCUUGACUUCAGUUGCACUUUGUCAGUGUUGGUGAUUGUGGCUGUCUGAUAUUCUGACCAGUAUGAUUUUGUAAAAAGUUUCUUAAAUCAAGUCUUCUAAUUUACUGAUAAUUUUUGUAAGAAAACAAAAAGGAUUUUUCUGUCUUGUAUGUGUGAACGUUUAUUCUGAAUGUUGUGCCAUAUGUAUUGUAUGUUUAGACUUGUAGCAAAUUAUUGAGUUUGUAAGCUAGAUUUUAGAC